AUGACCCUUCUUCUCGAUGACCCUUCUCUCCCGAAGAUCAGCGUGCGCGCGGCGUACAUGGUGUUGGGGCGCCUGACGGGCAUUUGCUCACCCUCCUCCUCCCCUCUCCGCCUUCCCCUCCCCCACAGGAUUCUCGACGACCCGUCUCUCCCGAAGAUCAACGUGCGCGCAGCGUACAUCAUGGUGUUCGGGCGCCUGACGGCGGGCGAGCCGAACGCGCACUUCUCGAGCCGCGUCACGUUCACGCUCUUCCAGAACUUCAAGCAGCAGCGCGCGUCGUACGCCCUUCAGUUCUACAAGCCCUCGGAUCCCGGGAAUCCCCGAGACUUGGGGCACAAGACGUUCGCCGUGGUGGGCGGACUGGUGGCGCUGUACGGCAUGCCGGGCGGCGGCAACACUCCGUCGUCGUGGGUGGCUCUCUACGGCAUGCCGGGCGGCGGCGACACGCCGUCGUGGGUGCGCACCGAAACAGCCUCUCACCUCCUCCACCCCUCCUUCCGUCCCCCUCCUUCCCCCCCUUCCCUCGCGCAGGUGGGCGGGCAGGUGGCUCUCUAUGGAAUGCCGGGCGGCGGCAACACGCCGUCGUGGGUGCGCCUCACCGAAACGGCGGACGCGGGCGCGCGUUCGAUCUACGUGAACGCGGACGUGACGCGCUGGGCGGCGGGAAUGACGAUCGCGCUGGCGUCCACGUCAGCAAAUCUCAACGACGCGGAGCACCACGUCAUCGCGUCCGUGUCCGUCGUCACGCCCGCGUCAGGACCAGGAAAGAGCGACGGGCGGUACAAAAUCUACCUAAAAACGGCGCUUAAGAAACGGCACGACGGCGUGAAGAUCUCGGACGGGGUGGGAGGGACGGUGGGGAUUUACGGAGAGGUCGCGCUGUUGGAUCGGCAUAUUGCGAUCACUGGCAGCAACGAGCCCGCUCCGUAUCAAUACGACGGUGGCAAUUUCAUGGUUUACAUGACGCCUACAGCCCAAAAAAUCGUGGGAGUUCAGUUUAGAGCACUCGGAAACCAGGGCGUGCUGGGUAAAUACCCUUUGCAUUUCCACGUGUGUGGGCAGAAGGGACAGAACCACGUGGUGCGGAAAAACGCAAUCGUUUUCACGAAGCAGCGGUGCAUGGUGAUUCACGCAACUGGUAACAUGACGAUUGAAGAAAACGUGUCGUACGAAACCAAGGGCCACUGUUACCUGCUGGAGGAGGGGUCCGAAAUGCGAAAUGUGUUUCGGCGAAACCUUGGGAUCAACGCCCGGAAAGUGGACAAAGUAAUCCCGGCACUAACUUCCAGCCGGUUGGAUUUGCAAACCGACAAGCAGCCGACAACUUUCUGGCUGGCGACGCCCUUCAGCAGCUUCAUUGACAAUGUUGCUGCCGGCUCAGAAGAUUCCGGGUUCUGGAUAGAGGCGAACCCAUACAUGCGAGGUCUGUCCAAGCUUCUACCAGAGAUCGGGUCGACAGUGCCGUUCCGUUACAAUUGGGGCACGUGGGACGGCAACCAGGCCCACUCCAACCUCUUUGGAUUCCGCACCUACCCGCAUGGAUCCAAGCCUAAAUACCCGUCUCCCACCCGAAACCCCCGCGUCUCCCUUAAGAACUUUCUCGUUUACCGCAACAAGGCAGGCGAGCGACUGAUAGUGGAGAACGGGGUGUUUCUGGACAAUGGAAUCGGCAUCGACUUGAGCCGCAAUGCCGGGACCACAACCACAGCCCUUGCCACCAGCAGCAGCAGCAGCGGCAGCACCAUCACCACAGCCCAGGACACAUCCAACGGUCCAGAUGCCUCUAUCCCACCAGAAAGCUCCAGCCCAGACAACAGCACCACUGCUGCCGCACCCAUCCCACCAGCCGAACCCCUUCCAGGCAACGACACCACCGCCGUUGCUACUCCUGCUACACCUCCCAGCGCCGCAGAAGGGUCCACCCUACCAGGCAAUGACAGCACAGGUGGUGGUGCUGGUGCUGCUCCUCCCAACGACCAAGACAGCCCCGUCCCAGCCGGCCCCACCACUCUGUGGCAACCCUUCUCUCUGGAAGCCUCGCUGGGACCUCUCGACCCGUAUGCAGACGACGGCAGCGCUGACAGCAGCAGCGGCGACAGCGGCAGCAAAAGCACCACCAGCAGCAGCAGCAGCGGCAAUAAGGCUUUUGAGGAUGCUGGGAUGAGUGAUCCUGCCCAGGGUUCACCCAGUGGGGUGGUGGAGCCCAUGGGGCCAUCGCUGCAGGAUCAGCCAGGGACGUUUGCUGCACCGAUUGGCAUCACGCUGAGUCAGAGCAACCCCCAGGAUAACCUGCACCCCAACUCCAUUCAGGACACCUCCUUCCACCGCUUUGGAACGUGCAGCAGCAGCAGCUUUGGCAUCGCUCUUGUGGCCAAUAAGGCAGGCGGAUACUGGAACACUGCCAUGUUCGUUAAGUCCUCCGGCACGCCGCCCCGGGGGGGUCUGGUGGCGCGCUUCUACGCCAUCCGCGAUCUCGACGGGUCGCUUCUCGGCCAAUCAGGCUACGCCGUUGCCAACUACGAUCCGAUCCUGCCGCCCGCCGCCGUCCGGGCGGCAAAGUGCGACUUCAAGAGCGCCUUUUCGGCCUAUUCCUGCACCUCCGUCUGCUACCGGUCGGUCGGGUUGGAGUAUGAUGAGUACGGGGCUACCAGCAGCAGGACCGUUCUCAGGCCGUAUUCCUUCCUUAAAAUCACCCGAAUGGAUGACGACACGUCGUUUUACGCGUACGGAACGGAUAACGACAAUCCCCAGAGCAGGGCUGCGGACAGCAGUAAAAGGAGAAGAUACUUAACCGCCUCGCUACUAGCGGGGUACACUUACCGGAUACAGAUUAUUCCCGCGGACACCAACAGCGACUUUUACCCGAGAAAAAUGCAGCUGAACGUGUUUGACUGGCAGGGAUGCUCUGGGAGCGUUCGUGUGGUUAUCGACUCGCCGGAUUCGCGCAGCAAGUGGCGGGCGGACGUGCCUACAGUGCCGUGCUCUGCUGUUAACGAGACGAUGGUUUAUAAGGAGUACGCGUGCGGGGCGGGGAAGGCGCGGCUGCGGUUGGAUGUUGGGGCGAGCAGCAGCGGCAAGGCGGCGGUUGUGAUGGAGUUGGAUCAAGGUGUCAGCACUGCUUGCUCCUCAGACUCGAGUUGCUCUACUAUCACUUCUGCUGCUCUACCGCCCCUCUCCAUCGCACCUCUCGCCGAUACCGAGUCGGCCUUUUCCUCCACCGACCCCUUCUUUGACCCGAGCUUCUAUGCGGGCGGCACAGACGACCCCCACACGGUGCUCUGA